AUCAACACACGAAUCGGUGCUGGAACCGCGAGUGUGCUCUCGCUGCUGUUAAAUUGUGUGGAACAGCAUAGUCGCUCUCAGACUGUCGACAGUUCUACAGAAUAGCAACAGCUGCAGGGUUAGACUUUCUGCCUUGGAGACACGCAGAAACACUGGCCCGGAUAGUGGUGCAUGGAAAUGUUAGAUCUGGUGAUCCCACACAAUCUGACUGCAAGUAUCGAGUGCCCCAACAAUUCAGACUUCAACGACAGUCAUAUCAAUAACAUCUCAGAAACAUCAAAUGGCAAAGCAGACAAAUCAGAGUCAAUGAGCAGCAGCGAGAUUGCCACAACAUUAGAACAUCUCUCUAAUCCAGCUAAUAGGAGUGAUAUCUUCAGUAAAAGACAACCACAUCAGUUUUCAUCCCAGAUUUAUACAUCAAAAUCAUAUCCCCACAUUAUUCCUACACCUUCCCUCCACGGCAUGGCUGCCUACGGACAAGCGCAGUACACUGCGGGGAUUCAGCAAGCUGCUGCUUAUGCUACUUACCCGCCACCAAGUCAACCCUAUGGAUUACCUUCCUACAGCAUCAAGACAGAAGAUGGUCUGAGCCAGGCACAUUCACCAGGACAGACGGGAUUUCUUGGCUAUGGCACCAGUUUCAGUACACCUUCACCAGGACAAGCACCUUACAGCUACCAGAUGCAUGGUAGUGGUCUGACAGCGACGUCAGGGAUUUAUCAGGGAAACAAUACAAUCACCAGCUCAACAGGCUUUAACAGUGCACAACAGGAAUACGCUACAUAUCCAGGCUUCCCACAAGGGCAAUAUCCACAGUAUUACAGCUCUCCAUACAGCUCUCCAUAUGUAACAGCAAACAGCAUAAGUCCAUCAGCCAUUUCUGGAAUGACCUAUCAGAUCCCGGAACCACCAAUUGCUAUAACCAAUCAAACAAAUGUGGAGUCAAUGUCAGGAGAUUACAGUACUGUCAGUCGACCAAGGACCCCUGUGAAAGAUUUGGAUUCAGAUCGACAGCGGAGAAGCUCAGAUGGAAAGUUACGUGGAAGAUCAAAAAGGAACAAUGACCCCUCCCCUCCACUGGACACUGAUAUUGAGCGGGUUUUUGUGUGGGACUUGGAUGAAACCAUCAUUGUUUUCCAUUCAUUACUCACAGGGACAUAUGCCACCCGAUAUGGAAAGGAUACGCCCACAGCAGUGUCGCUUGGAUUGCGAAUGGAGGAGAUGAUUUUUAAUUUGGCUGAUUCACACCUAUUCUUCAAUGACUUAGAGGAGUGUGACCAGGUCCACAUUGAUGAUGUGUCUUCAGAUGACAACGGGCAGGAUCUGAGCACAUAUAACUUUGCAACAGAUGGUUUCCAAACAGCCGCAGUUGGUGGAAACCUUUGCAUAGGCUCUGGAGUGCAUGGGGGUGUAGACUGGAUGAGAAAGUUGGCAUUCCGUUACCGUCGAGUAAAAGAAAUGUACAACACCUACAAAAACAAUGUUGGGGGUUUAAUCGGGACACCCAAGAGAGAAGGGUGGCUGCAGCUGAGGGCAGACAUGGAGGCUCUGACUGACCUGUGGCUGACACAUGCACUGAAAGCACUCAGUCUAAUUAACUCUAGAUCAAAUUGUGUGAAUAUUCUGGUUACAACAACACAGCUGAUACCUGCCCUCUCCAAGGUAUUGUUGUACGGACUGGGUACAGUCUUCCCCAUAGAAAAUAUCUACAGUGCUACAAAAACAGGGAAGGAAAGCUGUUUUGAAAGAAUAGUGCAAAGGUUUGGAAGGAAAGCAGUCUACAUUGUGGUGGGGGAUGGUGUUGAAGAAGAACAAGCAGCAAAAAAGAACAACAUGCCGUUCUGGAGGAUCUCGUGCCAUGCAGACCUUGAGGCCCUACGGCAUGCGCUUGAACUUGAGUACUUGUAGCAGAGGACAGACUGCACCUUCGCUCCUUGACUGUGGCGCCGAUCCAGCUAUGAGAUGUGUGGAUUAUGCAGUUGAUGUUUGCUUUGUCUUAACCUUCACAGAAGAAAAAUGAAAAUGGCUUCAGAGUUAAGAAUGAGAUCUGACCUUCAAAAAAAAAACUCAAUUCAUUUAAAACCACUGCACCACUAUCUUCAUUACGGAAAUGCGCCUUUACUGAAAAGACACAAACCUGAUAUGAUGUUAACUACAAAGUCAACUGAACCCUUCUUUGUCAUUGAGACUUUGCUUUGGACAUCAUGGGGGAAAGGGUGACUUGUGGUCAUCAACAGCGUGGUACAAUCACUGUUUUUUUAAUGGUUCUUGCUAUUUAUGAACUCCUGCUUUUUCCCCCAAUAUGAGCUGUGCUCUGUGCAAGCACACUUGCCCCUCCCAAUGGAAGAUAAGUUCUUAUUUAAAAAACCUGCUAUUGCUAAGACAAUCAAAAGACAAAUAAUCCUUUUUUUGUGUAAAUUUGUAAUCUUACGAUAUUUCUCUCUCUCUUUCUCUGAUACUGCUCAAGUUGUUUUCAAUAGUAACUGCAAAUAGCAACCUGUGAGUGUUUUUAUUAAAGAUAGGUGUUCCGUGGACUGUGCAUGUGUCUACACUUUACCUUAUGCCACCACCUUGUUGAUCAAUAUGUGCAGUCAAUACUUUUGUGACAACGAAUCUUGUGGUUAAAUGGCAUUGA